ACAAUAGAAAGAUUUUUAAUCUGUUCCGUGAGUUCAGCUUCAUUUGUCAUGUUGCUUUCCAAUGAAAGAUUUUCGAUGUCGAUAUCGAUAGAAAUAGGAUCGAAAGAUAAUUAACUUUGCGAUUUUUCUUCCGUUGAAUUAUCAGCAAUAGUUAUUUCAGAAUUGCUUCUCCACAUUAGGAGCGAACAGGUUAAUUGCCCGGCUCUUUGUUCACUUUUGUUAGCGCUUAAAACGUGCUGUUAAAAGCUUACCAUACCGUUCCGUUCGCUUGUGUGUGUGAGGUCGUUAACGUCCGGGUGAUAAGAAACAUCUUAUCAAACAAUUUUUACCGUAAAUAGUGGGUUAAAUCUUUUCCUAGUGAACGAUAUAACAGAGCAUUUUGAUAUGCUGAGACGCAUACUAUUGUAAUUACACAACGAGUUAAAUCGAUUCAUAAAACUGUCAAAUUUUGAUGAAUGUUGCAGAUAGACAAGAGGAAAUAUUGACUGUAAUGCGCCUAUCACUUAAAUAACAGAAGAACCAUUGAACUAACGCCCCAUUUAAUCCGUAGCUUGAUAGUUUUGAGAUUAGCAUUGAGUGAUUUACGGCAGGGGUCUCCAAACUACGGCCCGAGGGUCGCAUGCGGCCCGCGAUGAUAUUCUAAAGGAUUAUGUAAAUAUCAUAUUAGUUCGAAAAUUUUCAUCAAUUUUUUAUUUGCACUAAACCAAGACAAAAAGCAAGUUACUAUAAACGAAAAAUGUAGAAAUUUAAAAUAUUAAUUAAGUAUUUCCAUAUUAAAACAAAAUUCAAACGUUCUCAUUACCAUAAGUAACGUCAAAAUGGUCCUCAACAACGUUAUAUACGAAGCACUUGCGGUGAGCUGAAAAGUUUGAAGACCCCUGAUUUACGGAAUCAAAGGCAACGCUAAAGUCGGUGUAAAAUUAUGACUACCCGUUUUCUGUUACCGAUUGCAGGAUAGCAGGUGCUCAAUAAAGAAAGUAGGUUAGUUUCAAUUGAGCGAUUGGGUAGAAAACCGCAGAAGCAGCCAUUCUGUGAUUAUUUGUUUGACCUCAUUCUAUCGUUAUCAGCACACCAGGGGUUUGAAAAAAGGGAAAUAAAUUGUAUACUGUUAGAUAAUCACAAUGUUUUACUAUCUUGCGGCUACUGUGGUGAAUUUGCUGUCAGUUUCACUUGAACCAGUGAUGUGGAUGGUUACUAGUAUCGUAAAAGAAGUGUACACUAUUUUAGCUAAAUAUGUAUUGUGUCAAAGGUUUGGCAAGUUUCGAAAAGUCUUUGAUAAAACGUCUGUAAUAUCCUGUCAGUCUUCAAGGAAUUGUUUUAUUUCUUUCUGAUCUACGAAAUAAAGGAUAAUGUUUUGUGCAAUGUCAAAGUAUGGAAUAGUCGUAUUAGUAUUAUUUCAUGCAUUUCAACACGCUGUUAGUUGCCUAAAAGACAUAUCUUACAAAUGCACAAAUGAAGAACAAUGUGUUAGAGUGUACGGUAAUACCAAAAGUGCCAGCGAGUCACAUGUUUUCUCUACUUUAAGCAACUGUCGUUUGCUGUGCGGAAAAUAUGGUCCUUUGUGGCCCAGACCUACAGGCCAUGUGACUCUUGGAAAAGAAACAACUGUAGUCAAUCCCUUAAAUCUGCGAUUUGAACAAGAUUUUAUCAACCAAACUACUGAAGGCACAACAAUAUUAAGAGAAAUAAAAAUGUAUUUUUUGCGCAAUUUGCGAAAAGCAUUUCAAACCCAAAUUUUACAUGAAAGUACACCUGGGAUGCCAAUAAUUAUAAAAAUUCAGAUUACUUCAAAUGAAACUAAUCUAUCUUGGUAUGUGGAUGAAAGUUAUAAAUUAAAAAUAUCGAUAGAAAACUUAACAACAGUAGUUACAACAAUAGAAGCAAAAACAAUAUUCGGUACACGUCAUGGUUUCGAAACGCUAUUGCAAUUGUUUACGACAGUCAAUUCUUCUGUAAAUAUAUUGUCGCAGGCAAACAUUAUUGACCAACCCAUCUACGCCCAUCGUGGGCUCCUAAUCGACACUGCGAGAAAUUAUAUACCAAUAAAAUGUUUAAAAAGACAAAUAGAUGCAAUGGCCGCUAGCAAAUUCAAUGUUUUUCAUUGGCAUAUUACCGAUACACAAAGUUUUCCAAUGCAGUUCGAUACAGUUCCUGAAAUGGUUUUUUACGGCGCCUACUCAAAAGAAGAAGUUUAUAGCCAAAAUGACAUUAAAAGCAUAAUUAAGUAUGCGAAAUAUCGUGGAAUACGAGUCAUUCUUGAGCUUGAUGCGCCUGCCCACGCGGGUAAUGGCUGGCAAUGGGGUCCUGAGAAAGACCUCGGCAACUUGGCCGUCUGUGUAAAUCAGAAACCCUGGCGUAAUUUUUGUAUAGAACCACCAUGUGGCCAACUAAAUCCGAUAAAUCCCAACUUAUAUACUGUACUGCAACAAAUCUAUAAAGAUAUAGCCGAAAUGAAUAAGGAAGAAAGUGUUAUUCAUAUGGGAGGAGAUGAAGUAUUCUUCGGUUGCUGGAAUGCGACGGCAGAAAUCAUAAAUUACUUGAUGGAUCAUAACCUAGGUCGAACUGAGCAAGAUUUUCUUACAAUGUGGAGUAAGUUUCAGAAAAAAGUUUUAAAUCUUUGGGACAAUGCUAGAAGAGCAAAUGGCUCAGCCUAUUCUGCAUCUACAAACGAGCAUUCAAGUCCAGUUAUUUUGUGGUCCAGUCGCUUAACAGAUCCGUUGGUAAUUGACAAAUUUUUGUCUAAAAACCGAUAUGUGAUACAGACAUGGCUUCCGUCAAGCAGUACUAUACCUAAAGAAUUACAAAAGUUAGGCUACAAGCUUAUUGUUUCGACCAAGGAUGCUUGGUAUCUUGAUCAUGGGUUUUGGGGAGUAACAACCUAUUACACCUGGAAGAAAGUAUACGAUAACCAGUUACCUAAAGGAAAUGGUAUUUUAGGAGGAGAAGUUUGUGUAUGGACUGAGUAUAUUGAUGAAUAUUCAAUUGACGGACGCACUUGGCCAAGAGCGGCAGCAGCUGCAGAGCGACUAUGGUCAAAUCCGGAAACAAAAGCUAUAGAUGCCGAAUCACGUUUUUUUUGCCACCGCGAACGGCUUAUCAUCCGUGGAAUACAACCGGAAGCUCUAGCUCCGCGAUGGUGUGAACAAAAUGAAAAACAAUGUCAUUAAAAUUGAAAUAAAAGGAAACAUGCGCACAUGCAAGCAUUAUAAAAUCGCACGAGUUAGGCAGCGGUCUAAUCUUGUUGCGCGCAACAUUGUUGCUGGCAAAAUAUAUGGAUUUUGACAGCUAUCGCAACUUUGUUGCUGGCCAAAUUCAAACCAAUUUGAUUUUUGUCUGGCAACAUUUUCUAUUUACCUUUGUCAUGGUAAUCGGGUGUAUGAAAUGACACAGCAGCAGUGUGGUUUUUGUUGACAUCCGAUAUAUUUGGAUUUUAAGCAUUAAUAAUACAUUUUUUUAUGUAUAUUUUAUUUUUUCAAUACUUCAUUCAACAAGUGAAUGAUAAAAAAUAAACUCUGAGCUGUUAAUUGGCUAAUUUUUGACGCUAAACAAUGUCAAAGCGAAAUGUUGCCAGCAACAUUCAUAGACCACCUCAAGCGAUAUGUUUCCGAGCAACAAUGUUGCGCGCAACAACAUUAGACCGCUGCCUUACUCAUCACAAUGAAAUAUAUUGUAACAUGUUUAACCAGGGAAUUCAAGCAAUUUGAAGCUUUCGACCUUUUCUACCCAGUCAUGAAUAAAACGUUCUUAAUAAACUUUUAAUAGCAAAAGUUGCAUUGAA